UGUAGGUGGAGAGAGGGAUGGAAAUGGGGAUGGAGAUGGAGAUGGUGGAGGUGGGGCAGCCUCACCUGGGUCGACCACACGGGGAUACAGAUGCUCUUGGUGGAGCACAAGAUCCUGACCUGUCUCUUCUUUCCAGCCGCCCACUCCAGAAACAGACUAUCCCGACCUGUCUCCAGAUGAGCUGGAGGGUUAUCCCGAGGAGGAUUACUCGCCCAUGGGCUCCUAUGACCAGGGGUCUGCUCUCUGCCUGUCCCCGAGGCGCCCUGAGGAGCUGGGCUCACCCCCGGGCUGGUACGGGCACGGUCACCACGAGGGAGUCGUGUUCUACCCUGAGCACUUCUCUGACACGGUGCCAUCAGGUGGCCGCCACCACCGUGCCAGCAGCGGCUCCAGCCAGGACAGCGGGCUCUUCGCCUGGCACGGCACCGUGUCACCAGCACUGGGCAUCAAGGAGGAGAAGUUCAAGAGCCUCGAAAAAGCCGGGGUGCUCAACCGGACCAAGACGGUGGACAGAGGGAAGCGGCUCCGGAAGAACUGGAGCUCCUCCUGGACGGUGCUGGAGGGGGGGAUCCUCACCUUCUUCAAGGACUCCAAGCACUCGGCUGCCGGUGGCUUGCGGCAGCCCAGCACCCUGACCACCCCCGAGCACACGGUGGAGCUGCGCGGGGCCACCCUGGCUUGGGCUGGCAGGGACAAGUCCAGCAAGAAGAACGUCCUGGAGCUGAGGACGCGCGAGGGCUCGGAGUUCCUCAUCCAGCACGACUCGGAGCAGAUCAUCACCGCCUGGCACAGGGCCAUCGCCGACAGCAUCGGCCGGCGGGGCUCCGACAUCCCCGGAGAGGAGGACACCGAGAGCGGGGCUGAGUUCGGCUCCCGGGAGAAGCUGGGGAGCGGCGAGGAGAGGAGGGCGGUGCCCGGGCAGGUGCCGGGCAGUGCCAGCGCCGAGAGCGACUCCAGCAGAGUUCGGAACAAACUCCGCAAGUUCCUGCAGAGGCGGCCGACGCUGCAGAGCCUGAGGGAGAGGGGCUACAUCAAGGACCAGGUUUUUGGCUGCUCUCUGCUGGCGCUGUGUGAGCGGGAGCGGGGGACGGUGCCGCGCUUCGUCCUGCAGUGCAUCCAGACCGUGGAGAGGAGAGGUCUGGACAUCGAUGGGCUAUACCGGGUCAGUGGCAACCUGGCCACCAUCCAGAAACUGCGCUACAAGGUGGAGCACGACGAGCAGCUGGACCUGGAUGACGGGCGCUGGGAGGACAUCCACGUUGUCACCGGGGCGCUGAAGCUCUUCCUGAGGGAGCUGCCGGAGCCACUUGUGCCUUUCAGCCACUUCGACAAGUUCAUCGCUGCCAUCAAGAUCCAGGACCCAGCCAUGCGGGGCCAGUGCAUCCGGGACCUGGUGCUCUCCCUCCCUCCCGCCCACCACGACACCAUGAAGGUCCUUUUCCGCCACCUCUGCAGGGUGAUCGAGCACAGGGAGGAGAACAGGAUGUCGGUGCAGAGCGUCGCCAUCGUCUUCGGGCCCACCCUGCUGCGGCCGGCGAACGAGGAGAGCAACAUGGCCAUGCACAUGGUCUUCCAGAACCAGGUGGUGGAGCACAUCCUCAACCACUACGGCUACAUCUUCCCGGAGGGAUAAACCCCCAGGACACACCCUCAGCAGUGGGGACUUGAUGGAGCUGCUCCUCCAGGAAGGACUGGAUGCGUGUCACUGCGGACGAUGGGUGGUGGCCGUGGCUCUAUGAAGGACAGAAUGGGGGCCCAGCUCGAGGGAUGGGCACCCCCAGGGGUCCUCCUCAGCCACCCACUCCCACUGGGGCCGGAUCCACCCCAGGGGGGUGUGGGGUUUGUGGGGCCUCCACUGGUCAAUGGACUAUGGAGCCCUGCGGUCUGCAGCUCGCCAGGGCCAACGGCACCGAGCCGGCAUUCCCAGGAUGAGAGGAUGGAGGUGCCCAGGCUGGCAGUGCCUGCAGGGACAUGGCACCAGUGGGAGGGAGGGCAGGGAGAAGCCAGGCUGUGCCAUGGCCAGAGCCCACCGCCCGAUUCCCGAA